UCCCUGCGCCGCCGCUCGUGCCGGGUGCGCGCGGCGCCGCUGCUCGGCGGGGCCGGUAUCCGCCCCGGCAGCGCGGUCUAUCGGGCCGCCAUGGGGAAGAAACACAAGAAGCACAAGUCGGACAAGCACCCCUACGAGGAGUACGUAGAGAAGCCGCUGAAGCUGGUGCUGAAAGUUGGAGGGAACGAAGUUGCCGAACUGUCCACUGGAAGCGCGGGGCUUGAUUCCAGUCUGUAUGAGGACAAAUCCGAGCAUGAAAAGCACAAGGACAGAAAAAGGAAAAAGAGGAAGAAGGGAGAAAAACAAGUUCCUGGAGAAGAGAAGGAGAAAAGAAAGAGAAAAGUUAAGGAGGAUAAAAGGAAACGCGAUCGAGAACACCCAGACAGUGAGGGAGAGCAGGAACUGAAAUGUCAGACCCCUAUCAGAUUGGAAUUAUCACCAGAGAAACCAUUAACGAGUACUUUAUCAAAACAGGAAGAGGUGGAGCAGACACCGCUUCAGGAAGCUCUGAAUCAACUCAUGAGACAGCUACAAAGAAAGGAUCCAAGUUCUUUCUUUUCAUUUCCUGUGACUGAUUUUAUUGCCCCUGGCUACUCCAUGAUCAUUAAAAAUCCAAUGGAUUUUAGUACUAUGAAAGAGAAGAUCAAGAACAAUGGGUACCAGUCCAUAGAAGAAUUAAAGGAUAACUUCAAAUUGAUGUGUACUAAUGCAAUGACAUACAACAAACCAGACACCAUUUACUACAAAGCUGCAAAAAAACUGCUGCACUCAGGGAUGAAGAUACUUAGCCAGGAGAGGAUUCAGAGCCUGAAACAAAGUAUAGAAUUCAUGGCUGAUCUGCAGAAGACAAGGAAACAGAAGGACAAGGUAGAACUGCAGCUAAGUGGAGAAGAUGAAAGUGGUUCUGGAAAAGACAAAGGAGAACCUGUGGAUGGCGAUACCAAAGCUUUCAAAACACCUAACAAGGAACACAAAAAGAAGGACAAAGAUCUACUUGAAGACAAAUUAAGAAUCAAUAGCUUGGAGAGGGAACAAGAGCAGAUUGAUCGUAUUGUUAGAGAAUCUGGAGGAAAGUUAACAAGACGACUUGCAAACAGCCAGUGUGCGUUUGAAAGAAGAAAGCCAGAUGGCACAACAACUCUGGGUCUUCUUAACCCAGUUGAUCUUACUGCAGGAGAACCAGGUUACUGCCCUGUAAAGCUGGGUAUGACAGCAGGAAGACUUCAGUCAGGAGUUAAUACAUUACAAGGGUUCAAAGAAGAUAAAAGAAACAAGGUUACUCCAGUGACAUACUUGAACUAUGGACCCUACAGUUCGUAUGCUCCAACAUAUGAUUCUACGUUUGCCAACAUCAGCAAAGAAGAUUCUGACUUAAUCUAUUCAACCUAUGGGGAGGACUCUAAUCAGGGAUCAUUCAGUAUUCAUGAAUUUUUGAUGAAAUCGCAAGAUUAUCCUUUCUUAAUGGCUGAUAGCUUGCUUGAUGUUCUAACUAAAGGAGGACAUUCAAGAUCUCUCAGAGAACUAGAAACGCCCCUAGAGGAAGAUGAAGGGCCCCAUGAAAGAAGUGAUGCAUUAAAAGAGAUUAUGGAAAUUGAUAUCGCUGCAAGAUUGGAUUCUGCUAAUAAUGACAGACUAACAGCCCUAAAAGCUGUUACAAACUUUGGCAUGCCUAUGGAAGAGUUUGAUUCUGAGGAGGCUGAAAUCUUCCAGAGGAAACUUGAUGAAACAACAAAGCUUCUGAGAGAACUUCAGGAUGCUCAAAAUGAACGGCUAAGUACAAAACCACCCCCUAAUAUGAUUUGUCUUCUGGGUCCGUCUUACAGAGAGAUGCACUUGGCGGAGAGAGUAACCAACAAUCUGAAGGAACUGGCACAACAAGUGACUCCAGGAGACAUUGUUAGUACGUAUGGAAUCCGGAAAGCAAUGGGAAUUUCAAUUCCUUUACCUGAUACAGAAGACAGUGGGGUAGAUUUGACAGGUAAGUAUCCAAAACUGUUGGGUAGUAUCUAAAACAAAACCACAAUCUGCAAAUCAUUAGAAUGGCUUGUGGUACAACUUACCUGGUUUCAGCUUUCAGUUAUUCUCCACUUUUAAAAAUCUCAGUUCAAAAUUAAUCUUUUGGAUAUGUGGAACUUUGGUUCAACUACUCAGAAUAGUUAUUUUAUAUAUUUGCCAAAUUUUAAAGCUUGGCACUCCAUUAAAUUCUAGUUUUUGCAUUUAGAGUGAAGUUACAAGAGAAGAGUUAAAAUUACUUGCUGAAAUAAGGACAUCUUGCUCCCUUUUUGCUUACUUUGGCCAGCUGUAGUGCUUUUCUAGCUGACAGCAUCAACUUCGUUUAUCUAGCAAGAACCACUGAUUGUGCUCGAGUCUGGGCAGUGGAAAAUGAGUGCCAGAAUCAGAUCUCCCCCUUGUGGCAGUGGCUUAAUAGGUCAUGUAAACUAUGAAAACACACCUAGAAUUUGUUUGUACUCAGUUUAUAAGGCAGGUAAGAAUUCUGUUUCAAGAAAGAUAACUCACACAAUGAAUUUACUCAAGGUGUGGCUUAUAAAAGGUUUUAGUUAAGUUGUUUAGUAAGAACCAGAUUGCUUCAAUGAAACUGAGAAAUCUUUACAAUUACUGAGCAAUUUAGUUUCCAUAGCAGUGUACUGCAAGAGAGGCCACAUAACAAACACAACUGAAAAAAGACUCGUGGACAAACAGAACACACACUGUUAACUCAGGACUGUCUACACAAAUAGCAAGUGUCUGAGAAGUACUGUGCUGUCUGUGCUCUUCUGUCACUGAAAAGUGGUAAACGUGCUAACUGACCUGGUGUCUGUUGUGAACUUUCAGAGUUUCAAGAACCCAAAAAGACUGUCACCAUCACUGAAAACGAAUGUGGUCCAGUUACAGUCUGAAGCGUCAGUUAAGUUUACAGGUGUUUGUUUGAUUCUAUUUAAGAACCAGAUAAACGUCCUUCAGGUGCAUUCACUGGGCAUGUGUAUAUUGUGUGUUAAAGAAACUACUUUUGUUUAUUAAAUUUUGGAACUGAUGAUUUUUGAAAUUGA